AUGAAGUUGUCGGAACAUCAGCCACAAGGAAAAAUGCUCAGGACCGUGGUACCUGCGCCGCCUUCGUUUAAUACGUGGCUGGCCCAUGCGCUCGCCGAAGAGGAGGCAGUCAGCAAAAUUCAAUGUUUUUUUCGAAAUCAUCUCAAAGCGCGGCACUUCACCGACACUUUGGUACGGCAUACGGCAUCUACGGUGUCCUCGUUCGACUUGCCCUUUAUAUCUGAGAAGGCUGACAAGGAACAUCUGCAGUACGAAGUUCUGCUCUGGUAUGGCUCGAGUCUUGGCUCAGUAAUUUUUACGCCCUGCAAAAUUACGGAAUAUCCAUGCGUUGAAGUAGCUGACGGCAACGACUCUUUGCCCGGAAUGUGGAAUCUUCGCGAAGGCGAUUUUCUCAUCUCGAUCAACCAACGCAGUACAAGAGCGACCUUGGUGCCGUUUGACGCAGUGAUGCAGAUUUUGGAAAGCGGCGUGCGGCCAGCCAGGCUACGCUUUCGCAGGCCAUCAUCCUAUGAGCUGCAGAACAGUAUAAAAAGACCUCGUCGGUUAUCAGUCCGAAAUCACACAGAUCGACAGAAAAAUCGUGAGCGUUUGGAGCGGUCACUAAGCUACGUCAUCUGGAGAGAAGAGGAUGGUCCACUUGGAAUAAGCUUGAAACCUGAAACGGGAAAAGCAUACCCAGUUGUCAUGGAAAUGAACGAGUCUGGCGUUGUGGGCCGCAAUGCGAAAAAAAACAAAGUUUCAGUAGGGGACCAGCUGUUGACGAUUAACCAUAACGACGUUUUUCGUUUGGGGUUCGAAAAGAUGUGUCAGGUCAUGAAGUUUGCGCCUAAGCCACUCGUUCUUACGUUUCGUCGAGCGUCUCCGGAACCCAUCGAAUUUCGCACGCAAGAUCGUUCUCGACACGUCGCGAUUGAAAGCAAGACGGUUAUGAAGCGCAUGAAUCGAAGAAUGCGGCGAUCAAUUGGAUACCGCCAUUUCGAAAUAAUAAUAGGGUUUGGGAUUUGA